AUGCAGCUGCCGUUCUACGUGGUGGCGCAGCUGGCCGGCUCGCUGCUCGCCUGCGUGUCGGUGAACGGCGCCAUGGAGCCGCGGGAGGAGCACUUCUACGGGACAGCCCCGAUGAUGGCCGGCGGCCACACAAGGCUGCCGUUCCUGCUGGAGUUGGUCGCCUCCGCGGUGCUCAUGAUCGUCAUCGCCAUCGCUGCCAGAGGCUCCAAUCAGACAGCAGGAGGGCUGGCCAUCGGAGCUGCCGUCGGCACCCUGGGUCUCGUCAUCGGGCCGGUGUCCGGAGGGUCGAUGAACCCGAUCAGGACGCUGGGCCCGGCCAUCGUGCUCGGCAGGUACACCUCCAUCUGGAUCUACCUCGUCGCGCCCGUCGCCGGGAUGCUGCUCGGCGCGCUCUGCAACCGCCUCGUCAGGGGCUCCGACGCCUUCCUCUGCGGCACCAAGCCCAGAGCGGUGGCGCCCAGAACCACCACGCCGCCCGCCGUUGGAGCACUUGUGUCGUCGCACUACUAG